UGAGAACGAGGAGCACCAUGCCGGCGUCUGUUGCCCCAGAUGUUCCAAAGAAGAAGCCUGUGCGCAAAAGCAUACAUGAAGCAGUCAAAACUGGGAAUGUAAAACAGCUUGCGGAGAUGGUGAAACGUGGAACCAGCCUUAAUGAGGUGGACCCAAUCCACAAGUUCACACCUUUACACUGGGCAGCCCAUUCUGGAAGCCUGGAGUGCCUUCACUGGCUGCUGUGGCAUGGAGCUGACACAACCGCGGUGACAGUCAGGGGCUGGACAGCGGCCCACCUUGCCGCUAUCAAAGGCCAGGAUGCCUGCAUGCAGGCUCUUCACCUAAACGGGGCAAAUCUAGGAAUCCAGGACGAUCGAGGGUGCACUCCAGCUCACCUUGCAGCAACCCAUGGGCAGUCAUACACUUUGCAAACCAUACUAAGGAGUGGAGUGGAUGCGAAUGUUUCUGACAAGAAUGAAUGGAAGCCUGUUCACAAUGCGGCCUUCCAUGGCAGGCUGGGCUGUCUGCAACUCCUUGUGAGAUGGGGAGCCACUUUAGAUGAUGUGGAUAGCAAUGGAAACCUCCCAGUUCAUCUGGCAGCCAUGGAGGGCCAUUUGGACUGCUUUAAGUACAUUGUGAGCAAGAUGCCCACUUUGGUCCAUGCACUAAAAGCCAGGAAUGACCAUGGAGAGACUCCUCGAGACCUAGCAGAGCGAUUCUACAAGAGCAGUAUUGUUGAGUAUAUUGAUGUUUUGCAGAAGGAGGAGGAUCCUUUGAAGAGGGAGGAAAAUGUGACAUUUCCAGGUCAUGAGGCUGCCUUCAAAGGGGACGUGGACACAUUAAGAAUGUUGCUGGAAAAUAGAGUCAUCAACAUUAAUGAGAGGGAUGACAAGGGAUCUACUCUGUUGCACAAAGCUGCUGGACAAGGCCAUUUACAUGUCCUGGAAUGGUUGAUCAAUAGAGAAGCGGACUGUGAUAUUGCCAACGAUGCUGGAGAAACGCCAAAAGACAUUGCCAAGAGGUUUGCUCAGUUGGCCGUUGUGGAAUAUUUAAAAAACAAGAUGGGAAACGAUUCUGAUGAGGAAAUUGACGUAAAGGACUCACGGUUCUUUGAAAGCCAUGGCGUCGAAGGGAGCACAGACUGUAAAAGUGAUUUGAAUGUAAAGCAACAGACUAAAACGCACAGUCGUGAAAGAGCCUUCCAAAAGAUUGAAGAGUUGAAGGGACUUCUGGAAAUAGCUAUCAACAACUAUAAGGAACUUGGUGGAAUAACUCCUGAAGAAAGGCAGACAAAAACUGAAGAGAAGCAGCUAAUCAAGUUGUGCGCGGAGCUGGAGGCCCAGCUAGAAUAUGAACGGCUGCGGCGGGAGAAGUUGGAGGCCGAGGUGGACGAGUACCGGGAAGAGAUAAAAGCACUUCAGGAGCAACUUGAGAAAACCCAACUUGACACAGCCAUCAUCCCUGCAGAAACUUUGAAUUCUAAUUCUGGAAAACUAGCCCCUAUUUCUGUCAAAGUGACUUUUGAUCCUGGGAAAGAGAAAAAGAAACAGAAGAAAAAGCCUCUUUUCAGCCCUGGUGGCGUGUUUGUGAGAAGAUUCUAAAGAAAGAAGACACAAGAUCUUCUCAAUAUUUUGUUGCCUCAACAGUGACAAUUAUCAAGGGAAGUUAGGCUGAUAUUUUAGACAGUAUU